UCUAUACGGCCUAGCCAUGUUCUCCAAGCUCCUAAUUCCUUUGCUUCUACUCCAAAUCUCAACGCCAUCUUCAUCCAAAGAUCUCAACUUCACCUUCAAUGGAUUCAAACCCGCCGACCUAGCCCUCGACGGCAUUGCAGAGGUCACCGCCACAGGCCUCUUGCGCCUCACGAACGACACAAAGCAGCAAAAAGGCCACGCCUUCUUUCCCAACCCGGUGACCUUCAAGAGCUCCCCAGCCGGCGCCGUUUCCUCCUUCUCCACAACCUUUGUCUUCGCCAUCCGAUCCGAAUAUGCCACGUUGAGUGGCCAUGGCUUUGCUUUCGUGAUCUCUCCGACGAGAGGCCUCCCGGGAGGUCUUCCUGGCGAAUACCUCGGCCUAUUCAACGGCUCCAACAACGGCAGCGCCACCAACCAUGUGUUUGCCAUCGAGUUCGACACGGUCAAAAGCAGCGAGUUUGAGGAAAUCGACGACAUCAACGACAACCAUGUUGGAAUCGACCUAAACGGAUUGAAGUCCGAGAAAUAUUCUCCGGCAGGGUAUUAUAAUGACAAAAAUGGUGAGUUCAAAAACUUGACUCUAAUAAGUGGCCAACCAAUGAAAGUUUGGAUAGAUUACGAUGGUUCCAGAAAGCAAAUUAAUGCGAGUUUGUCUCCAGCAAAUGUUGAAAAUAAACCCCAAAAACCACUUUUAUCUUUGACUAAAGAUCUUUCUUCAGUAAUUGAAGAAACCAUGUACGUUGGUUUUUCCUCCUCCACUGGCUCUGUCCCUACUUCUCAUUACAUACUUGGUUGGAGCUUUAAGCUCAAUGGUCAAGUUGAAGACCUUGAUAUCUCCGAGCUUCCGAAGCUACCUCGGAUAAAACCGAAGCCAAAAUCGAAGCUCUUGACAAUUGGAUUGCCGGCGAUUUGUCUAUCAUUUAUCGGUGUCGGAAUUUUGGGGGUGGUUUAUUUCAUUAAACGGAAGAGAAAGUUUGCUGAAUUGGUGGAAGAUUGGGAACUUCAAUAUGGGCCUCAAAGGUACAAAUACAAACACUUGUAUAUUGCUACGAAGGGGUUCAAGGAAAAAGAGCUUUUGGGGAGUGGAGGAUUUGGGACAGUCUACAAAGGAGUGUUACCCACAACAAAAACAGAGAUUGCUGUGAAGAAAGUUUCUCAUGAAUCAAGACAAGGGAUAAGAGAAUUCGUAGCCGAAAUCGCUAGUAUGGGCCGGCUGCGACACCGGAAUCUAGUCCCCCUUUUAGGCUAUUGUCGCCGAAAAGGGGAACUUCUAUUAGUCUAUGAUUACAUGCCUAAUGGGAGUUUAGACAAGUACCUCUACGAUCAACCAAAAACGACACUCAAUUGGAGUAAGAGAUUCCGAGUCAUAAAAGGCGUCGCCGCCGGCCUUUUCUACCUCCACGAAGAGUGGGGACAAGUCGUUGUUCAUCGCGACGUCAAGGCGAGUAAUGUGCUUCUCGACGGAGAAUUGAAUGGCCAGUUAGGGGAUUUUGGUUUGGCGAGGCUAUACGAUCACGGGACCGAUCCUCAAACCACGCACAUCGUCGGAACCGUAGGAUAUCUCGCGCCAGAACAUACUAGAACUGGAAAGGCGACAACGAGCACUGAUGUCUUCGCCUUCGGGGCGUUCCUCCUCGAAGUCGCCAGCGGUAGAAGGCCGAUAGAAGGACGGAGUUCAGCAGAUGACAUGAUAUUGGUGGAUUAUGUGUUUUCUUGUUGGAGUAGAGGGUGUAUUAUGGAGGCGAAAGAUCCGAAUUUGGGGACGGAUUUUGUGGAGGACGAGGUGGAGCUGGUGAUGAAGUUGGGGCUGCUGUGUUCGCAUUCGGAACCGGUAGUGAGGCCGAGCAUAAGGCAGGUGGUGCAGUACUUGGAGAGGGACAUUGCAAUGUCGGACUUGUCCACGUUGGGACUCUGCGCAGGUGGUUUGACGUUUGCUAAGGGAGAAGGGUUUACCGAUUUUGCCACGCCCUAUCCGUCUUCCCCGAACACGGCCUUUUCGCACGGCUCGUCGUCCGUUGCCGAGUCACUUCUCUCUGGUGGUCGGUAAAUUAAAAAAUGGGAAUUACUUUUUUUGUAUGUGUAUCAGCCUAUGUAUACACGUAUUGUUAA